UUUGAUUGGCACGAAAGAAGGCAAUUUCCUAAUAAUAAAAUUAAAAGAACUAUUGAUAGACCAGAAGACGCUGAAGAAUGUUUUCCAAUUGUUCUGCUUAGAUUUAAAAAUACAUUUAAACGUAAGCCUCCUUUUAUUCAAGAAAUUAAGCAAGAAUUCUAUCGCUGGAUUAGCUCUAUUGGAAUUAAUUGUCCUGAAAGAUUACAACACAUUUUGUUUGGGUUUAAUGAAAUAUUGAAAGUUAGAAGUAAAAAGUUCGAUAAAGAUUUAAAAAAUAGCCAGCAAACUCUUGAUCAUAAUUCUCCCGAAUAUGCUAGAGAAUUAAACAAAACCUUUGCCGCUUUUCAAGCUCCAUUGCAAAAUCAAAGAAAAGUAUUUGAGUCUCUUGAAGACAAAAAACAUGAUGAAAUUGAUAUUGAAAAUAAGUUUAUCGGUAACACUGAACAAGGUUAA